CCACUCCGUACAGUAAUCAUAUGACAGGGAGCCUCGGUCCCCGCAGCCGAAUACCGACACGCCGCGCGGCCACGAGCGGAGGACGUGAGCUCACGGUGGGCUUGUAGGAGUCCGGCGGACUCGGCUGAAGUGUCAAACAAGUGCCGCGAACUUUUCCAAACUGUGGAGAGCGGAGCAGAGGGGCGGCGGGGCACGUUUGAUGAACCUUGGGGGGGGUCACUAACGGAAGAACCAGCCCCCCGGAGCUGAGAGGACACUUGAACCGCUAGCUUGAGAGGCGGUGAGCGGGUCGCGGCGGGUGGACCCCGGACUCAUCCUUUUUUCUUCUUCUUCUUUUUAUGUUAUUUUUAUAAAGAGGGGGGUGGCGGGAUUUAAGUCUUCCUAUUAGGUGGGUCGCUUGAGCCAUGGUUGGGGAGACAGAGGUGAAGGAGAGACCCAAGUCCAACCCGGACUAUCUAAUGCAGCUAAUGAACGACCGGAAGGUGAUGAGCUCCCUGCCCAACUUCAGCGGCAUCUUCACGCAUCUGGAGCGGCUGCUGGAUGAAGAAAUCGGCCGGGUGCGCAAAGACAUGUACAACGACACCCUGAACGGCGGCAUGUUCAACGGGCGGGACAUGGAGGAGCUUCCCGAAGCCGUUGGUCCCGUGGCUCAGCUGCAGGAGAAGCUCUACGUGCCUGUCAAAGAGUACCCUGAUUUCAACUUUGUAGGAAGGAUCCUGGGCCCACGUGGACUGACGGCCAAACAGCUUGAGGCAGAGACCGGCUGCAAAAUUAUGGUGCGAGGAAAGGGCUCCAUGAGAGAUAAGAAAAAGGAGGAGAUGAACCGAGGGAAGCCCAACUGGGAGCACCUCAGCGAGGACCUCCACGUCCUGAUCACAGUGGAGGACACACACAACCGUGCCAAGAUCAAACUCCAGCGAGCCAUCAAUGAGGUCAAGAAACUUCUCGUGCCCGCUGCCGAGGGGGAGGACAACCUGAAGAAAAUGCAGCUGAUGGAGCUUGCCAUUCUCAAUGGGACCUACAGAGAUGCCAAUGUCAAGACACCCACCGCUGCCUUCCCUCUAGGGACGCCUCAGGCGCCUCGGAUCAUCACAGGCCCGACACCCGUCCUGCCCCAAACCCUGCGAAACCCCGCCCCCGUUUCCACGCCCACCAUCAUGCCUCUGAUCCGUCAGAUCCAGAGCUCCGCCCUCAUGCCAGGAGCUAACCCGCAUCCGGCUCUGGUGCAGCAGGGUCCCGAGUCCGGAAUCAUCUACACGCCUUACGAGUAUCCCUACACGCUCACUCCCUCCAUAUUGGAAUACCCGAUCGACUCAACUGGAGUAUUAGUCCCUUCUCCCUGUGUUUUCGCAGCAGGUGCCAUGACCGCUAAGGUACGACGCCACGACAAGCGAAUCCAUCCUUACCAAAGGGUAGUGACCACAGACAGAGCUGCCACGGCAACUAACCCAUGAACCCCUCCCUCCUCCUCCUUGACCUUCUGACCUUUCCGCCCACUGAUGACCCACCCAUCUCUGCCUGCUGGCGUGCUCAUUGGCCCACGGCUCUGCCAACACGAGACCAGAACAUUGGGAACAAGCCGGCUGCCUCAUAACCAGCCAACCAGACGACAGCCAUCUUGGGAAUAAUCCUCAGGACCCCACCCAACUUUACCAAACGUGCCUUCCUUUUUAAACACCCAAAAUUAGUCUAAGAAUCUUUUCUUGAAAUUACGAUCUGCCACAGCUGCAUGACUUUACUGGGGGGUGGGCCCCCGAACUGGUGCAGGCCCUUUAAACUGAUCCCUGGCUGCGUCAAACUGCCUCUGCGAUGCAAUAAUAACGACUCUAUUAAUAACUUUACUGAUACCGGUGGUACUUAUCAGCACAAAAGCCCUUCAUAAACACUAAACUGUAGAUGUGUUGACAUUUUUUUAAGUAUUUUUCCCUCCUCAGCCAGCGUCUUUUCUUUCCUGAGUGCUUCUAUUUUAGCAGCGUAACAUUUAAACUGGGGUUCACGCGUUAGCACGAUUUCACGUAAGGUAAAAAGUGCCAUUUUGUUUAAGAUUUGCAAUUUUUUUUUAAGUAUCAGUGGGUUCAAUUCUGUUCUUGACAUCUUUCAACUGCUAAAAAAAAAGAAAAGGGCAUUAUUCAGGAAAAUGUCAUUGUAGAACCUUUUGACGUUUAGUAAGAACAAAUAACAAACUGGAAUUUAAAAUGUCAACAUUUCUGGGCUUUUAAAAAAAAUGUUAAAAGCUCCAGAUACUAACAGAUGGAAGGUUGAACUUUCACAACGUUGCCUUUGCCUUUUUCCACACCACAGUGUUGU